AUGCGUGCUGAGACGAUUGGCUUCAAUGUCCCGCCUACCAACGCAUGCGACAUCAAUCCAUUGCUGAAACCGGGAGUUGUGGCCUUGUGCACUGCUUCGAGCCGAGCUUCCUGCCACACCUUUUUCUCUCAGACAGCACGUGUACAGUACAUUGCGCGAGUCGCUAGUCUCUCCCGCAAUCUCAUGCUUUGCGUUCCGGACGGUGCUCAUCGGCAGAUGAAGGAGAAGCUGGCAAGGAGGAGACGGCGAACGGGGAUGAAGAGUGCUGAUGGCACACUGACCGAGACAAGACCCCCUGCCCCGGCCGCCGCUUCCUCGCCUAAACCGGCGGAGCCUUUGUCAAGCGAAAGGAAGGAGCUUGCUCCACUUGGUCCACUUGGCGACUUCAAGCCGGAUCCUGAAGAGGGCUGCCCAUGCCGUGCGCCGCGUCCGGCAGAGGCUGACAGUUACGACAUCUUCACCAUGACUCCGCAGUUUGACAUUUACACUCCCCGUGAUGAUACAGCAGCCAAUCGCCCGCUCCGAUCCAAGCGCAGGCACCUCAAGGGCCGCAAAGUGAGGCUGCACAUCUAUGACGUCUCGCGCGAUCCGAACAUCCAACGAGUCAACUUUGUCUUUGCGAACAAGGAUGCGCCAAUCAAGCUAGGUGGUCUUUUUCACGCCGGAGUUGAAAUCAGCAAGCUCGAGUGGGCUUUCGGAUCAGGGUGCCUUCACGAGUCGCCGACUGGAGUCCGAUGCCACCAGCCGAAGCAGAACAUUCAGCACAGUUAUCGGCAGACAGUCUACCUUGGCCGUACCCAGUGCAGCCGUGAAGAAGUAGCCAGAAUCCUUGCAGAGAUUGCGGAGGAGUACAGCGCGGAAAGCUAUGAUUUGCUGCGCAAGAACUGCUGUCACUUCGCCGAUGACCUCUGCCGCCGACUAGGAGUUCGGAGCCCACCUUUCUGGCUCCUGCGUUUGGCGUGUGUUGGGGCGGCUGUGGACGAGAUCCUGCCGGAACCCGUCCGAGAUCUUCUGCCGUGGUGA